AAUGAAUGGGCAAAAGAUACACAAGAAGAUAUUCAGACUUUUGGUAUAGCAGGCAGAAUAUGGGAAGCAAGUUAUUUGUUGCAGAGAUACUUGACAUUCACCUCAUCGGACCAGUUUGAUCCGCCUUGCUCAGAUUUGUUUGGCGGUAACAAAAACACCAUAAUCGAACUUGGCGCUGGAGUAGGCCUUGUUGGAAUUCAUCUCGCACAGCAAUUACAGCAACACAACACCCAAUCCUCACAUGUGGUCUUGACAGAUUUGCACAACGUUCUUCCACUCUUGGCAAGGAAUGCCGCAAAAGCAGGUGUUUACGGCAAUAACGUCAAAGUGGAACCCCUUCCUUGGGGUUCUGAAAGUGACGCAAAAGCGAUCUUGACCACAGCCCGAGAUGAAUCAAGACCAGUGACGCAUAUACUGUGUAGCGAUUUGGUAUAUUUUCCUGAACUUUUACCGCCACUCAUGCGUACUUUGAUCCAAAUCACCGCCGAAGCCCCAAAUGCAAAAGUCAUCAUCAGUUACAAAAUUCGAUCUCUUCCAAAAGAAGAACCUUUUUGGCGGACGUUUGGCGCUUGGUUCGAUUUUUCUCCCGUCUUGAUUGCGGAACGGAAAGCCGAUUCAACAAAUGAUCAGCAACAAUCUUGGAGGUUGUUCGGAGCCAAAAAGAGUGACAUGUAUGCGCCAAGUCAUGCUCUUGCUAACCUUAAAGACGAAGAUGCAGAGGAUGACGUAUUCAUCUUUGUGGCUACACGUAGGCCAGAGACAUUGUCGUGUACGCCAGUGUCGAAUGAUGCUAGACUUAUGGAAGGU